AUGCAGCUGCAGUUCCGGAGCUGGAUGCUGGCUGCGCUCACGCUGCUCGUGGUCUUCCUCAUCUUCGCAGACAUCUCGGAGAUCGAAGAAGAAAUCGGGAAUUCUGGAGGCAGAGGUACAAUCAGAUCAGCUGUGAACAGCUUACAUAGCAAAUCUAAUAGAGCUGAAGUUGUGAUAAAUGGCUCCUCGUUGCCAGCUGUUGUUGACAGAAGUAAUGAAACCAUUAAGCACAACAUCCAGCCAGCCUCGGCCAAAUGGAGACACAACCAGACGCUCUCUCUGAGGAUCAGGAAGCAAAUCUUAAAGUUCUUGGAUGCUGAAAAGGACAUUUCUGUCCUCAAGGGGACCCUGAAACCCGGAGACAUUAUUCAUUACAUCUUCGACCGAGACAGUACAAUGAACGUGUCCCAGAACCUCUACGAGCUUCUCCCCAGAACGUCUCCACUGAAAAACAAGCACUUUGGGACGUGUGCCAUCGUGGGCAACUCCGGGGUCUUGCUGAACAGCGGCUGCGGGCAGGAGAUUGACACCCACAGCUUCGUCAUCAGGUGCAACCUGGCCCCCGUGCAGGAGUAUGCCCGGGAUGUGGGGCUCAAGACCGACCUGGUGACCAUGAACCCGUCCGUCGUCCAGCGGGCCUUCGAGGACUUGGUCAACGCCACGUGGCGGGAGAAGCUGCUGCAGCGGCUGCACAGCCUCAACGGCAGUAUCCUGUGGAUCCCCGCCUUCAUGGCCAGGGGUGGCAAGCAGCGGGUCGAGUGGGUCAACGAGCUCAUCUUGAAGCACCACGUCAACGUGCAGACUGCAUACCCUUCUCUGCGCCUGCUGCACGCCGUCCGCGGAUACUGGUUGACUAACAAAGUUCACAUCAAAAGACCCACCACGGGCCUCCUGAUGUAUACCCUGGCCACGCGUUUCUGCAGCCAGAUCUACCUCUACGGCUUCUGGCCCUUUCCGCUAGAUCAGAACCAGAACCCUGUCAAGUACCACUACUAUGACAGCCUCAAGUACGGCUACACCUCCCAGGCCAGCCCCCACACCAUGCCCCUGGAGUUCAAGGCCCUGAAGAGCCUCCACGAGCAGGGGGCUUUGAAACUGACUGUCGGCCAGUGCGACGGGGCCACGUAAGGUGGGCGCCCGGUGGGACUCAGUGGCUCACAUUUGCUACCAGCUACGCCACAGGCAGAUGGGAGUCGGGGCGGCACAGACUCUAGAACAAGCAGGCUAGUGGUUUUCUUUGUUCAAGUGUAAAACAGUGACCAGAAUAUAUAUAUCUAUUCCUGCAUAUAUAUAUUGACCUGAGUAUUUAUAACUGUGUGGUGUUCAUCUAGCAUUAGGCAGAUAAGCCACAAGAAGAAGGUGUGGAGACCCCACCUGGACCAGAUUGAGACUCGGUGCAUCUUUGGGGGCAGAAGGACUCGACGUGAAAAGAAGCCAGUCCCACGACUUGGGAUGACACGCUGCCUCCCGGAUUGGAGAGGUCUUUGGGCUCAUGGGUGAUCGGAGAACCACCUGUGGACAGCUGCCCCGAGCCUCUGAGAAAUGUGGAUUCUGGGUGAGCCAAGACCCAGAGGGGACAACUGGACCCAUGUCUAACAUGGUGCUAUUCUUAGAGAAGAGGGAGGUUGGAAUGUUCAGCCCAGCAAAGGAGCACAUGGUCACCGAGGAGCAGAGGCCAAGUCAGAGCUGAGCACUUGGUUCCGUGAACUUAGAGUUGAACUGCCCACGGGAUGAGCCAUGGUUGACCCGCCUGUCCCAGACUGGCCUCCAUAAAUCUGGGGAGAAGGCUGGAGAAGACACGGUGGACAGAUCAUAGUCCAGCUUUGUAAGAACCCCCAGGAGCCUGGCACGGAGCAGGCAGAUGACACCCAAUUGCUAGGGUGUCUCAAAGUGUGUUUUUGAAAAAUCACAACUUCCUAUCAAGAGAGUUGGUGCUCUGACCCAGAAUAAGGCAAAAGAGUGUCCCAAGUGUGGUGGUGGUUCUUUAAAACAACUUGAGUCCGUCAUGGAGGAAGGGAGCCUGGGCUUUCAUCCUCAGGGUUAGCCUUCUUCCUUGCCCUGUUAGAAUGUCCCCAGAGGGACAGUCCUGUUCCCUUCGGCCACCAGGGAAGCCGCCGCUAAAGCUUGAAAGGGCACGGCAAAGAUAAAUGUCAUCCUUUUAAAAUCGCCUUUCUGGUUGCCUCAGGAGCCCCAGAAUGCAAGGCCGGGAAGAAUGGUAAGCGUCGCGCUCCAUUUGCCUGCAGCCACUGUUUGUUUGCUUUCUGCAUCAUGCUCGCUGCGGGGUCUCUGCAGCUAGACUUCUGUGUCAACGUCACUUUCUUGUUGCUUUCUUAUCCUGAUGGUCACACUAGCCAGCACUGAGCUCCAACACUGAGCUUUUCAGCUCUCCGGGGAGAGGCUUCAACGUCCAUCCCCACCUCCCUGUUUUCACAGAGGCAGUGAUUUUAGAAUUUGGCACAAACCCUAUGAAGAUGAA